GUUCAGGGGUCCUGGAAGCAGCACAGACACACCAUCGCUCACUUCUCUCGCGUCCCUGCUGACUCUUCUCCCAUCCCCUCCCCUCCUACCUCGGAGCCCCCCCACUGCCCGCCGUCAUACGGCCGAGGCCCCGCCUCCUAUCGGAACCGCCGCCACCGUACCUCGUCCCGCUCGCGCACUCAGAACGCCGUCUCUCCGUGCGCUCCGCGGGCUUCGCUAACUUCCCUGCCUCUGCUGUGUGAGCAGGAGGACCUGGAGGGCGUCCAGGACAGCCCAGAAGAUGUGACGCCCGGAUGGAUGGGCUUCCGCUCACGGUCCACGUUCUCGCUACCAACCGAAGGCUUUGGUUCUGGAUGCGUUUCGCCUUCUGCCCCUCGCCCCCGAAGCCUGUCCUCGCUUGCUGCUCCUGUGUUCCGCAUCAACGUGGAUGCGCUGGUGGGAGCCGAGGAGACGGACGUGGACACCGGCCAGGCGGUGAGCAGCAGCUCUGUGGAUCUGUCAGUGGUUUCGGCAUAUUCGCGCCCACAGAUGCGCAUACAUUCCAAAGCUCACGUCCCGCGGCCUGUCUCCGCCCCCCCACAGGACGGAGGUCCUGACUUCACGGCACUGUCCAACGACAAAACCUAUUCGUCCCUAAAACGGCAUCCCAUCCCACCCAGAACCAGCAGCAUCUCUUCAAGGAGCAUGACUUCUUCUGUCCACGAGCCACUCACAAAGAAUGCAGGCGCGUCGCAGGGCCAGGGCCAUGUGGCGUCGGACACUGAGCAACAUCAGAGCAACGGCACAGGAACAACAGAAGUCUGCAGAGACGGCACAGAGGAGGACGAGCAGGAGUUCUACAUCUGAUGCACAACCACUGUCGGAGAUUAUGGAGGAGGCAGGACUGAUGAAGUUAGCGUGUGGUCAGAGAUUCAGGAUUCUGUCCACUACAAACCUGCAGAGCAGCAACUUCCACCAUCUGGAUUUGAGAAUUCAAGAUCUGAGAAACCGUCCUUAGGAAGAAGUGUCUUCUUAAAACCCUCGUAUUCAGUUUGGGUGUUUGACACUGAGGUUUGGCCUCAUCCAGAUAUUAUCCUGAUGCUCAACAUGCAUGAAGUGACCAGGUGUAAAAGGGGUUUAUGACACAUUAGUUAUCUUUUUUUAUGCUGCACCCACCGUGAGUCAAAACAGCUGUUUACAUGUUCUCAUGAUUGCUCGCAGGGGCCCCCCAAAAGCUCAGACCCCUGGGCCCAUAAAACCCGUGCGAUGAUCCGAGCCUGUCUGUCGGUGGUUCAGAAGGCUGUUGGGAAAAUGAAAGCGAAAUGUACCUGUUUUUAACCUUGAAAAACAAUUCACUCAUAUGCAUAAAGUUCACAUACAUCCCGAAAUCAGUUUCUGAAAAAAUGCACUAAUUAAGCUCUGCCUACAAAAAGUACAUGAUGUCUUUAUUUUGUUUAUACCAGAAAUAGCCUUAUAGUCAUACAUGUCAUAUAUUACUAUUACUGUUACCUGUGCAGGUUCUGAAAAUAAAGCCACAAAGUGACUGACUCUGAAAUCUGACCCGUUUGGUCUCCAUGACGACUUCAGUAC